CGCAUCGUUCCCUGCGUUUGGUGAUGCUAUACGUCGGCUGGCAACCAGCUGACAUUGUCCCGAUUCUUGGAGCGGAUUGGGCACAGAAAUUAAGAACAGCCGCACUUUUAGCUAAUCAAGGAAUUACUAUAACCUAAAAAGUAUCAACUUGGGAAUUGGAUGUGAACUGCAUUUGUUAUUUAUUGGUGAAGCUACUAAUUUUAGAAAUGGAGGAAGCCACAACCUCAGAAGAACCAUCCUCAGCCUUGCAGGCUCAUGAGAAUUUCUGGAUUACACAGACAGAGAAUAUCAACAAUAUGAAACAUAGUGAUUUCAAGACACAGGAAUUACCUCUUGCAAGAAUUAAGAAGAUCAUGAAACUUGACGAGGAGGUGAAGAUGAUCAGUGCAGAAGCACCAGUUUUGUUUUCCAAGGCAGCUGAGAUGUUUAUCUCUGAGCUCUCACUCAGGGCUUGGUUACACACAGAAGACAAUAAACGACGCACGUUACAGAGGAAUGACAUUGCCAUGGCUAUCACCAAGUAUGACCAGUUUGAUUUUCUGAUUGACAUUGUGCCAAGAGAUGAGCUGAAGACAACGAAGAGAACGGACGGCCAAGUUCAGCAGGCAGCUAUGAUGCCAGAACAGGUCCAGUACUAUUUCCAGUUGGCUCAGAGCCAAUCUACUCCGACAUCUACUGCCACAGUGACCCCAAGUCCAGCAGCUGUCAUUCCUCAAAAUCUUGGCACUCUCAUCGCUACCACACAACCUCAACAGCAGUUACAGACUGUGCAGGUAUCGGGCAAUGAUUCCCAGGUAUCUACCACUCAGCUCAUCUCGGCCCAAGCAACGCCCAUACAGCUGCAGCAAACGGGACAAGCUACUGGUAACAUCCAGCACAUCAUCACCAACACAGGAGAGAUCCAACAGGUGCAGUUACCUGUUGGUCAACAAAUACAGUAUGUCCGGCAGACACAGGGCCAGCAACAGCAGGGUAUACAGCAAACAGGACAAGAUUUUGUCACCCAAAUCUCUAAUUCACAGCCUCCAAUCUACCAGAUCCAGACGCAGGCAGGAACGCAACAGGUUUUCCUUCAGCAGCCAGCCACGACGACAUCAGCCACAGCACAGUAACUUAAGUCUUGGUAGAUUAUCAUCCUAGAAAUAUUCAACCUAUUUGGUUUAUUGGGGAUGUGUGAUAUUUCACGCAAAGCUUCAUUAUAAAGAUUGAGUUUUAGCAUUCAGAAAUAAGUAAGG